GAAGAGCGCGGCUCGGACAGGAGCUGAUUAGCGCACUCAGCAGACUCAGGUGGAAGCUGCGAGGAGGAAGAGAGGAAUUCACUGUCGAAAAGCGAGGUUUACACAAAACAUGAAGAACGAAGGCAUAGACGGCACGGAGCGGUUCCUGAGCCCGGGAAAGGGCAGAGGCCUGCGGGCGGUGCGGCACUUCGCGGUGGGGGAGCUGGUGUUCGCCUGUCCUGCCUACUCCUACGUGUUAACAGUGAAUGAGAGGGGAGCGCACUGCGAGCACUGCUUCACCAGAAGAGAAGACCUUUUUAAGUGUGGAAAAUGUAAGCAGGCUUACUACUGCAAUGUUGACUGUCAGAGAGGUGAUUGGCCGAUGCAUAAGCUGGAGUGUGUCGCUAUGUGUGCGUACGGGGAGAACUGGUGUCCAUCAGAGACGGUCCGACUGGUGGCCAGAAUAAUCAUGAAGCAGAAAGUCACCACAGAGCGCACCUCCUCAGAACGGCUGCUGCUGCUCAAAGAGUUUGAAUCUCAUUUAGAUAAGAUGGACAGUGAGAAGGAUGAGAUGGUCCAGGCGGACAUCGCAGCGCUGCAUCACUUCUACUCCAGACACAUCAGCGACCUCCCAGAUGAACAGACUCUCAUUGAGCUCUUUGCACAGGUAAACUGUAAUGGUUUUACCAUCGAGGAUGAGGAGCUCUCUCAUCUCGGGUCAGCGGCUUUUCCUGAUGUAGCACUGAUGAACCACAGCUGUAGUCCCAACGUCAUCGUGACCUAUAAGGGCACGGUGGCCGAGGUCAGAGCUGUGAAGGAGAUAAACCCUGGAGAUGAGAUCUUUAACAGCUACAUUGACCUGCUGUACCCGACAGAGGACCGGAGAGAGCGCCUGUUAGAUUCCUACUUCUUCACAUGCCAGUGUACAGAGUGCACCUCCAAGUCAAAGGACAAGGCCAAAAUGGAGAUCAGAAAGCUGAGUUCUCCACCAGAACCAGAGGAAAUCCGAUCCAUGGUCCAUUACGCCAAGAACGUCAUCGAAGAGUUCAGGAGAGCCAAACACUACAAAAGUCCCACCGAGCUGCUGGAAAUGUGCGAGCUCAGCCAGGAGAAGAUGGGAGCCAUCUUUGCAGACACAAACGUCUACAUGCUGCACAUGAUGUAUCAAGCCAUGGGCGUCUGUCUCUACAUGCAGGACUGGGACGGUGCAAUGAACUACGGCGAGAAGAUAAUUCAGCCGUACAGUGUUCACUAUCCUGCCUACUCUCUGAACGUGGCAUCGAUGUAUCUGAAACUGGGCCGGCUGUAUUUGGGGCUGGAGAAGAAAUCUCAAGGAGUCAGAGCUCUGAAAAAGGCUCUCGCCAUCAUGGAGGUGGCUCAUGGAAAAGAUCAUCAUUAUGUAGCGGAGGUCAAGCGAGAAAUUGAGGAGCAGAAGUAAAGAAAACAAAGCUGAUGGAGCAAAGACUGAGGAUGGGCGCCUCCUGAGUGAGCACCCCUCUGAAGUCAACAGCAAAAUACACAUCUCAAAUGCACGGCAUGCAUCUUAUACCUCUGUUUUUUUUCUACUUUUUCGUUCCUACUCGGUCGUUUCACCUGCAUUUCUUAGGCAAGAGUUUCUUUUACAUGUAAACGUGUUUGGACUGCAGACGACCUCGUCUGUACCUGCAGCUGCCUGCUUCCUGUCGGAGCUGGACUUUAAAAAAAAUGACAAUGAAGGAUUCACAUUGUUUGGGAAUGGAAAAAACAAACAACUCUUGAGCUUUAUCCGUUUGUGCUGACGCUCAAUAACCCCGUGCUGUAAUCGGCUAAAAAAAAAAAAAACAAUAUCAAUCAUAUCAGUGGGGAAAAAGAAAGACGUACUACCUGCAAAGCUGCCUUUGUAGCCACUAACACUUCCAUGUGAUGACUCAUUUUUCUGAGGUCGAGUUUUUCCUCAGGUGAUGAGUCUGAAAUCGUUCAGUGUGUUUUGACUGUGUUUUGUGGACACAUCAGCAGAGUGUUUCUCCAUCAUAUCUCCUUGGCAGCAGUCCUGACUGGCUGACCGCACCGUCGCUCCAGACCAACCACUCGCGGUUCACGAUUUUGUACAAGCCUGAUGAGUCGUUGAUACUGAGGGCAUUAGUACUUACGUUAUUUUAAUUCUCUGAAGUAUACAGCCGCAAGAUUUCUGGCUUCAUGGAUUCUAGUUUAAGCUGUGAAAAAAGAUAAUGCAUCUCCUCUGGAGCAGCAGAGAGGGAAAUGCCGACUUAUUCCUGAAUGAAUAACAGAUAGUGUUAUUGGCUUGUCUUACAGUAUGUUUAAAAAGCCACAAAGUGUUGCAUGUCUGACCUUUUACGUCGUGCGUUUAUAUGCGUGUCUUGUCUGUUUUACAUGAGGCUUGUUGACCAAAUAGGCCACGGGUUUAUCUGAGAAGGAACCAGCUUUUCACUAGUUUCACAGCAUGUCCUUCAGCAGGAGCGCUGAUGUGAGACCAGUUUGCCUCUUUGGUACAUUGACUCGACCAAUCAUCUAGGAUCAGAGCCCCCUUUUUGCUCAGGAAUAUAGGGGGGGGCGAUACUGUAGCUUUUGUUGCCUUUUGUCAGCAGAUGCAUCAUCCUACUAUUUUUGGCAGUUUUUCUCGGAAACAGAACGAAUCCAGAUUGAAUUAUACAAGUGAGGAAAAGUCACAUUUAGCUGUAUAAAUGAUGAUCACCUUCACCUGACCUUUAUACUAAUGAUAACAGGGGGUUUUUAUUCUUUAAUCUUUCAAAGUAUCCUCAAUUUUUACAGUUGAAUAAUAAAGUCCUUUGAAAGGGUAAUUUAAUAUUUACCUUUGUGCAAAAUCAAACUUUUUACUCUUAAGAUAAAUGGAGAGAAGACUGGACCAACAGAAAGCGCCAGGCUUAACGAGGAGGUUGGUCCUGGAUACUUGCAAUCUUGCCCCGGUUUCAUGAUUUAACUUCACACAUUUGCCUCUUUUUCUUCAGCUGAAUGGACCUUGUGUCUGUUGUUGCUGGUUUGAUUCUGAGGCUGAUCAUGCAAUAUAUGAAGGACAGAGAAAGGCCGAGGCAAACAUCAUCACCUGGGCCUUAUAAAGGGUUCUUGUUGCACUCAAAUUUUUGUACAGUUUUUUUUUUCUUCUUUUUGAGAAAAUGAUGUCAAAAUGGCAAAUGUGAGAACAUUUUAUUUCGUUGUUAAACAAUUUCUGUAAGCAGACAGUCUUCACUUUGCAAUGCCUGAGGAAUUGGUAUCAGAUCGGAUUUUGUUUUAUUCUUCUUAAAUGCCUGUAGCUUCUCCAGUUUGUUUACAACAGACGCAGGUUAAUGCACCACAUAAAAGUGGCUUACUAUCUGAAAUGAUCUGUCGUGAUGAGUCGCGUGUGGUGAUAUUUGUAGCAACUCCAGCAUAUAUGACUUUUGGUCAUUUGCAAAAAUGCAUCUAGAAGGUGCCUGCCUUACAGCUUUUCCUUCUUGAUUCUAAACUGCAAUUUUAGUAACUCUGUUCAUCCUUGUGAGGAAAAGCAAACUGCAAACACCCUUCAUCAGCUAGCUGUGUGCAAACCAAAAAAAAAAAUCUUAACCUUCUAUGGGGUCGGAGUUGAGCGUUAAGUUUAAUUUCUGACGUUACACUGAGCAAUUACGUGGUAUAUAUUUGCUUUCUUUUUGUGACAUUGAAGAUGCAGCCUGUGGCACCAGUGUCGGAACAGUACAAUCUUUACUGCAUGUAAAGGAGGCAAAGACUCAUAUCAAAGCAAAAUGCAUUUGCUUUUCAGUUUAUGUUUCUGUAAUGAACUGUUAACUUUAUCAGGCAUGAAUGUUCAGUUGUUGGAAUGCAGCACUAAAAACUGAGCCUCCGGUUCUCUUUGUAUCAUGUUGGUGAAACUCAAUAAAUGACAGUAUGGCACCUGC